AUGAGCGCGAGUGCGGGCCCCAUCCUGCCGGUGGUCCAGCUGGACAUCCACUAUGACCAGGAGCGCGAAAAGAUCCAGGAUUUUCUGGAGCAUUUCAAGGCUGCAGCAUCGGAGGUGCCGCCCCUGUCGGAGGUCGGUAGUGCGUCGCACGGUCCUGCCGAGGCGCCGGAACAGCGACUCGCUCAGGACCUAGGCGAUGAUUCCAUGCACAUUGACACGCCUGCGCAGGACGCGAUGGUGAACAAGUACAUGGUGCAGCUGCAGCGGAUUGCCAACCGCGAUCAAGAAAUGCUCGUUAUUGAGCUCGACGAUAUUGCGCAGUUCCGCUCCGCGAGCGGGCGCUUUGUCGGCGGCACUCUGGUCGCGUCGAUCCAGGGAAACACGAAGCGCUACACGAAUCUGUUUUGUGAUGUCGUGGACAGCCUGCUUCCGCCGCCUGACCGCGACAUUUCCGACAAGGACGACGUGCUGGACGUCAUCCGACACCAGCGCAUGGAGCGCAAUGUGCAAAACGAGCAGGCCGAAGAAAACGCGGGCGAGGUCGCCGAGGUGUUUCCGCCGACGCUGCUGCGGCGCUACAUGCUGUACUUCAAGCCGCCCGCGCGCAGCGCGGCCAUGGCCGUGCGUGAGGUGCGCGGCGCGCACCUCGGUCGCCUGCUGACGCUGCGCGGGGUGGUGACGCGCAUCUCUGAUGUGAAGCCGUCGAUCCUCGUGGAUGCGUACGCGUGUGACGUGUGCGGUGCCGAGGUGUUCCAGGAGGUCACCGGGCGGCAGUACAUGCCGCUCACCUUUUGCACGAGCCGCGUGUGCUCGACGAACAAGACGCGGGCGCCGCUCUACCCCCAGGUGCGCGCGAGCAAGUUUUUGGCGUACCAGGAGAUCCGCAUCCAGGAGAUGACGGACCAGGUGCCCGUCGGCCACAUUCCCCGCUCGAUGAGCGUGCACUUGUACGGCCGCCUGACGCGCCAGGUGAGUCCUGGCGAUGUGGUGCAGAUCGGCGGUAUCUUCCUGCCGCUGCCCUACACGGGCUUCCGGGGGAUCCGCGCCGGACUGCUUACGGAUACGUACCUGGAGGCCCAGCACAUCCGCCAGCUCAAAAAGACGUACGAGACGAUGGAGCUGACGCCGGAGAUUGAGGAGGCACUGGCGUCGCUGCGUGCCGACCCGUUCCUGUACCACCGGCUGGCGACGAGCAUCGCCCCUGAGAUCUAUGGGCACGAGGACGUGAAGAAAGUGCUGUUGCUCCUGCUGGUCGGUGGCUGCUCCAAGGCGAUGGGCGAUGGCCUCAAGAUCCGCGGCGAGCUGAACGUGUGUCUGAUGGGCGACCCUGGUGUGGCCAAGUCGCAGCUGCUCAAGUACAUUGCCAAGGUCGCGCCGCGUGGUCUGUACACGACCGGCCGCGGGUCGUCCGGCGCGGGUCUGACCGCCGCCGUGCUGCGCGAUCCCGUCACGGACGAGUUCGUGCUGGAAGGGGGCGCCCUUGUCCUGGCCGACCGCGGCAUUGCGUGCAUCGACGAGUUCGACAAGAUGGAGGACGCCGACCGCACGGCGAUUCACGAGGUCAUGGAGCAGCAGACCAUCUCCAUCAGCAAGGCCGGCAUCAACACGACGCUCAACGCCCGCACGUCGAUUCUGGCCGCGGCGAACCCGCUGUAUGGCCGGUACAACCCGCGCGUGUCGCCCGUGGACAACAUCAACCUGCCUGCUGCGCUGCUGAGCCGCUUUGACAUUCUCUACCUGAUCCUCGACACGCCCUCGCGCGACAAUGACGAGCGCCUGGCGCAGCACGUCACGUACGUGCACAUGUACAGUGCGCCGCCUGCGCAUGCGCAGGAGGCGAUCCCGCCCAACCUGCUGCGCCACUUUAUCGCGGCGGCGCGGCAGUGCCGCCCCACGAUCCCGCGCAGCGUGUCGGAGCACAUGGUCCAUGCGUACGUGCAGAUGCGCGCGCAGCACAAGCAGGACGAGGAGCGCGACGAGGCAUUUACGCACACGUCCGCACGUACGCUGCUGGGCAUCGUGCGUCUUUCGCAGGCACUCGCGCGCCUGCGCUUUGCCGACGAGGUCGAGACGUCCGACGUGGAAGAGGCGCUGCGCCUGAUCGACGUCAGCAAAGCGUCGCUGUACCACUCGUCGCGGCCACGCGGCGACACGGGCGACGACCAGAGCCCCGUCUCCAAGAUCUUCCGCCUGCUGCGGGAGAUGGCGUUCCAGGCCGGCCAGGAGGAGGCGGAGCAGCGCGGCCCGCCGCGCCUCGGCGAGCUGUCGCUCCCGGACGUGCGCGCGCGCGUGCUCGCAGCCGGCUGGGUCGAGGCGCAGCUGCAAGAGACGCUCUUCGAGUAUGCGUCGCUCGGCGUCCUGCAGGUCGUCGGACAGCGCAUCGUGUUCCUGUAG